ACAUGCAAGAUGGCCACGCAUCACAGGCAAAAUGCUGCUGGGCGGAGAAAAGUACAGGUGUCCUAUGUCAUUAGAGAUGAGGUGGAGAAGUACAAUCGAAAUGGGGUGAAUGCACUGCAGCUAGACCCAGCACUCAAUCGUCUAUUCACUGCUGGCAGGGACUCCAUCAUCCGGAUAUGGAGUGUUUACCAGCACAAGCAGGACCCGUAUAUUGCAUCGAUGGAGCAUCAUACAGACUGGGUUAACGACAUAGUUCUGUGUUGCAAUGGAAAAACUUUGAUAUCUGCCUCAUCGGAUACAACUGUCAAAGUAUGGAAUGCACAUAAAGGCUUCUGCAUGUCGACGUUACGAACACACAAGGACUAUGUGAAAGCUUUGGCCUACGCUAAGGACAAGGAGCUGGUGGCAUCAGCGGGUCUCGACCGCCAGAUUUUUCUUUGGGAUGUGAACACACUAACAGCACUCACUGCUUCCAAUAACACUGUAACCACCUCUUCUUUGAGUGGGAACAAGGACUCUAUCUACAGUCUAGCGAUGAAUCAGAUGGGCACAGUCAUUGUAUCUGGAUCCACAGAAAAGGUUUUGAGAGUGUGGGAUCCUCGAACAUGCGCAAAACUGAUGAAGCUAAAGGGUCACACGGACAACGUCAAGUCAUUGCUCUUGAAUCGAGAUGGCACUCAGUGCCUUUCGGGCAGUUCAGAUGGAACCAUCCGUUUGUGGUCACUCGGCCAGCAGAGGUGUAUCGCCACCUACCGGGUGCACGAUGAAGGGGUGUGGGCCCUGCAGGUCAAUGAGGCCUUUACACAUGUCUACUCUGGAGGCAGGGACAAAAAGAUCUACUGCACUGACCUGCGCAACCCAGACAUCCGUGUGCUCAUCUGUGAGGAAAAGGCCCCAGUGCUCAAAAUGGAACUGGACAGAUCUGCCGACCCACCUCCAGCAAUCUGGGUGUCCACCACCAAGUCAUCUGUUAAUAAAUGGUCUCUAAAGGGAAUGCACAACUUCAGGUCAUCGGGGGAGUAUGACAACGAUUGCACUACCCCUCUGACCCCACUAUGUACUCAGCCAGAGCAGGUCAUUAAAGGAGGUGCCAGUAUUAUCCAGUGCCACAUUCUGAAUGACAAGAGACACAUACUCACCAAAGACACCAACAACAAUGUGGCAUUCUGGGAUGUCCUUAAGGCAUGCAAGGGUGAAGAUUUGGGCAAAGUGGAGUUCGAUGAAGAGAUUAAAAAGCGUUUCAAAAUGGUCUAUGUGCCAAACUGGUUCUCUGUUGACCUGAAAACUGGGAUGCUCACCAUCACACUGGAUGAGAGCGAUUGCUUCGCUGCCUGGGUUUCUGCAAAAGACGCAGGGUUUUCAAGCUCCGAUGGUUCAGACCCAAAGUUGAACCUCGGUGGACUGCUGCUGCAGGCUCUGCUGGAGUUUUGGCCAAGAACUCGCAUCAAUCCCAUGGACGAGGAGGAGAAUGAGGUCAACCACGUGAAUGGAGAGCAGGAGAACAGGGUCCAAAAAGGAAAUGGAUAUUUCCAGGUGCCUCCACACACGCCGGUCAUCUUUGGGGAAGCAGGAGGCAGAACUCUGUUUCGGUUGCUAUGUAGAGAUUCAGGUGGAGAGACUGAAUCCAUGCUGCUGAAUGAGACAGUCCCACAGUGGGUUAUUGACAUAACUGUAGAUAAAAAUAUGCCUAAGUUCAACAAAAUCCCAUUCUACCUCCAGCCUCAUUCCUCCUCUGGUGCAAAAACUCUAAAGAAGGACCGCCUCUCCGCCAGUGACAUGCUUCAGGUGAGGAAGGUGAUGGAGCAUGUUUACGAGAAAAUCAUCAACCUCGACAACGAGUCGCAGACCACCAGCUCCACGGCCAACGAUAAGCCUGGGGAGCAGGAGAAGGAGGAGGACAUGGCUAUGCUUGCUGAGGAGAAGAUUGAGCUUAUGUGUCAAGACCAGGUUCUAGAUCCCAACAUGGACCUGCGAACAGUUAAACAUUUUAUCUGGAAGAGCGGAGGGGACUUGACGCUUCACUAUAGGCAGAAGUCCACGUGAAAGUCAGCAUUUUUAAAAGAGGAACUCUGUCAUUUGCCAAUCACCACCCACCUCUGACAUGUAGAACCCUAAACCCCAUUGUGAGGACAAGAGUCCCAGUAUCAAUGAGAAUCCAGUAAAAUUUGUGGCAACCUGGCUCAUCGUGGUGUAUCUUAGGGAACUGACCAGAACAGACCGGAGCAGCCAACAGACACCUGGGAAGUUAGUUGUCCGUGCUUUUUUUUUCUUCCGUUUUUUAUUUUAUUUUACAGUUUAAACAAAGAACUCAGUGGGUUUCUUUUUCCCAGCACUCACCAAUGUGAUUUAUUUUUCUUUUGACUGCAACGUUCGUUUCUUUCCUCCUGACUGCCAUUUUACUUUGAAGUGAUUGCGUUCGAGUCCGAGUGGGUGUGUGUGUGUGUGUGUGAGUGAGUGUAUGCACAUGGAUGUAGUAGACUGUUCUAGUACAUUCCAGAAACUGUCCUUGUUCUACAAACACUCCACGGCCGUCAUCAGUUUGAAGAACACUUGGGUAGCGUCAACACAGUUGUCCUCAUCUGUUCCGUUGUCGCCACCGCACAUCUAAACUUGAACUUAACCUCAGCUUAGACUUCUAAUCAUUGAACUAUGCUGACAGAAGCACUUGUCUUGGUCUUUUCUGUUUAGCUGUGCUGUUCUAAAUGGACUGAAUGUUGUUGUUUUUGUAAAUAUAUGUACAACAUUAUUUUUGAUUUUGUUUUUCAGGGUGGGGUCAAUAGUUUCAUUAUGUUGUUGUACAGUUUACUUAAAACCAGGUUAUUUUUCCAAAUCCCUAGAGCACAUUUGUGGUCAUGAAGGUAAUUUUACUAUUUUACAUGGAUGUUUAAGAAAUUGCAUUUGUUGGUAUUCAAUACAACCCAGAAAUUGCAGUUGACUCCUGAAGAAUGUCAGUAGUUGUUCAAGUCAGCUAAGCGAUUGGGAAAUUAUAUAUAAGGCGUAUAUCUUAAACAAUAACUCGUGCUUCACUUGCUCUGUGCUCGGCUCAUGAGGAGGGACGUUGUUGACAGCGAGGGCUGUUCCUAAUGUAUAUUUCGUUUAGAUUUCAAUAGUUCAAUGAAACAUUAAUACACAUAACUUGAAGGGGAAUCUCUUUCAGAAUAUAUCAAACAUUCAACCACUGUGGGAAAGUCACCAAAGUAAAAUAAAUGCUAAUACUCAUUUCUCUUCGUGUGUCACCAAGCAGAACGACAAAUCCCUUCCUUGUGAAUUUUCUGGAGUUAUUUUGCCAUGAGGAGUGUAUGUGUAUGUGUGUAACGCUGUAGUGUGGGGGGGCGGGGGGUGCACAGAGUGAGCUCUAAUUGGCCAAAACCAGGUUGGGUUCCAUAAUUGGGCCAUAACACUGCAAUAUCCCUGUUGUAAUAACUUGUGAAAUAUGUAUAUUUUAGGCAUUCAGAGAAAUAAAUUGGAAUGGUUUAACAAUGA